CCAUUCCCUCUCAGCCUUUUCCCUUCGAUCGUCAUCCCCUCCGCAGACUCUUUCAUCAUCUCCACCCUUCCCCUUCACAACCACCUCACCUUCCACCCACCCCCAUCACCACCUCCGACUCACCGACUCAGUUUAUCUUCUACACCAUCCAGCACUCAUUCCCCCGGCGCACACUCAUUCUGGAGACGCCCGGAGUGACGUGCAGUCCCCCUUUCCCUGCCCGAUCAUGGCGCUGGAGCUACAGCCGCCCGACGGUCGCAAACGGGUCAAAGUCUACGAGCUGAGGGAAAAUGACUGGUUCGAUCGUGGCACUGGCUUCUGCACCGGCCAUAUCACUGGGGACGUACCGCGAAUAUACGUUGAAUCCGAAGAUGAACCGAAUCGCGUCUUGCUCGAGACCAAAAUCACCAAGGACGAUGGCUAUCAAAAACAGCAAGAAACGUUGAUUGUCUGGACUGAACAAAGUGGCACGGACAUGGCCCUAAGUUUUCAAGAGGCUGAGGGUUGCGCAGUGAUCUGGGAAUUCGUCAAUUCCGUCCAGCAACAUUUACUCAGCCUAGCUGCCGCGGACGAUGCACUCUCCGAUGACCUCGAAAGCUACCAAUCGAUCGUUCUACCCGCUCCCGAGCUGGGCAACCUCUCCGAUAUCGAACAGAUUGUCCGAGCCGCCAGCAUGACGCAGGCCGGCCGUGACGCGCUCUCGAAAUUCAUUAUCCGCGAUGAGUACAUUGGCAAACUGGUGCCGCUGGUGACGAUGGCCGAAGACCUGGAGAGUUUGGUGGAUCUGCAUCGCCUCUGCAACAUUAUGAAGUCUCUAAUCUUGCUGAACGAUAACACCAUCAUCGAGACUGUUGUUGCCGACCAGAUUAUCUUGGGUGUGGUCGGGGCUCUGGAAUAUGACCCCGAAUUCCCGACACACAAGGCAAACCACCGGCAAUACCUCGCAGACCAAUCCCGCUACAAAGAAGUUGUGCCAAUCAAGGACCCUCUGAUUCGUAGAAAGAUCCGGAGUACCUGGCGAUUACAGUACCUGAAAGAUGUGGUCCUGGCACGAAUUCUCGACGAUCCGACCUUCUCCGUGCUAAACUCCCUAAUUUUCUUUAACCAGAUGGAAAUCGUUAACCACAUCCAAUCAAACGCCCCCUUCCUCCGAGAGCUAUUUUCCGUCUUCGAUCCGAGAUACACCGACAUUAAGCGUAAGGACGACGCUGUCCAAUUUUUACACCAAUGCGCUGCAAUCGCAAAGAACCUGCAGGCCCCGUCAAGGGCCCAGCUAUUCGCCAAUUUUAUCAGCCACGGCCUGUUUGCGGUGAUUGCCUUUGCUGUGAAACACCCGAACCCCGCGAUGCGAACGACGGGUAUUGAUAUCCUCGUGGCUUUGCUUGACCAUGAUCCAGUAAUGAUGCGUGGAUAUAUGCUCAAGGCUGUCAAUGAGAAGAAGACGCCCCUCACCGACACCCUGAUUGAUCUUCUUCACGCGGAGACCGAUCUGGGUGUCAAAAACCAACUUGCUGAUGCAAUCAAGAUUCUGCUCGAUCCUCAGAUAGCCCUGCAGGAACCCAUUGCUCGGGCUGGCCCCGACUAUUUCAAAGUCCGUUCAUCCAACCUUCUCUCCGACGCAUUUGUGCAGCAACAUUUCGACGAAUCUUCUAAGCGGCUAUUUCAACCGCUCAAGCAGAUUGCUAAUCGCGCUUCCCUUAAUGACUUGACGUUCCAAGAAGUCACGCUCUAUUCGCAUCUUGUCGAUAUUCUCACAUUUUUCGUCCGUCAGCACCUCUUCCGCACACGCAAUGCGAUUCACAGUGAAUCGCUCGCUCCUCGAGUGGCCCAGCUUCUAACGGCUCCUCAAAAACAUCUGAAGCUGGUUGCCCUCAAGUUCUUCCGAACGUUGAUCAGCCUCCAAGACACCUUCUACCAAGCUUUAAUGACGCAUAACAAUACCUUUGGCCUCAUUUUGGACAUAGUUUACGAGACCAUGCCUCGCGACAAUCUUCUCAACUCUGCCUGUCUCGAACUUUUCGAGUUUAUCAAGCGGGAAAACAUCAAACCAUUUAUUCUGCAUGUGGUGGAGAAGUACCGUGAGAAACUCGAAAAUAUCACCUACGUCGACACUUUCCAAAACCUGAUCCUGCGCUACGACCAGAUGCAGGGUUACGGUGCGGAGGCCGACUCGACGUUGUUCAGCCAGGAUGACGGCACCCCGCGACGGAUGCCCUUGAACGGCCAGCGUUGGCAGGGCGUGAAGGAAUUGGACGCUGCUGAAGAGGAAUACUUCAACACGUCCGAUGACGAGGACGAGUGGGCACAAGAGAAUCGUGCUACUGUGGCGGUUGGCGUGGCUAACGGAUCCGCUUCUCCAGUCGUCAAGCCGCUGGUUGAUUAUCCUGACGAUGACGAUGACGAUGCCAUGGAUACAAAACCCGAAGAGCUUGCAGAGCAGUCCGCGGAUGCCCAGCCAUUGACUGUCGGAGAUAUACAGGUUGAGCCUUCUCCAGAACUGACAAGCCCUGAGCCUUCAUCGCCUACAGCUCAAACACCACCUGCCCCCGAGCGACUUUCGGAGAAGCGCCGACGCGAGGAAGAGGACGAAGAUGAAUUGGUCAAGCUUGCUGCAGGACCUAAGCGCAGAAGCUCGACGAGCAGCAAUUCCGGUGCUGGAAUCCUGAACCGAAAGAAGACACUUUCUAUUGGAUCAAUAGGCUCUAUUGAAAAGGGCGGUACCCAAGGCGUGCUGGGCACAGUCACCAGCAGCGCCCCACCUAAGCGAAUUGCAAUCAACAUUGGUCCGGUGAAAUCCUCGGUCUCGGACAAUGCCACCUGCGGGGAAACUGUCUCGAGCGAAAGCAACGAGAAGGAGAACCGAGACGACAGCCAAGCUGAAGAGAGUGGCUGAUCACGUCUCUCUCUCUCACUUUGUCUGUGCAGUCAGGCGAUGCGAUGUCAUGCGAUGAUAUGAUCACUGGGGCUUAGCAGUCCCACAUGGUCUGUCUCGUUUCCCUCCCCUCCAGUCCCACGCCUCUAUCUACCCCACCUGCAUUUGUUUUUACGAGCUAGAUACCAGAUACAGCGCGGGAUAUUCACGUCCCAGUGUCCUUUAUUGAGCUUUAUUGAGCCUUCUACUCCUUUUUGCCAUGCCUUGCUGCUUUUGGCGAUGCUCUUUUAUCUCAACCUGCACCUCCGCCUCCUCUGGCUUUUCUAUCGAUCUCCCUCUCCGUCUCUCUUCUCACGCCUUCACAUUUUUGUCUCCAGCGGUGCUGCGUGAUGGCCCUCAUACCUAUGGUGUUGUAUUUCUUUUUCUGAACCGUGCGUUCAUGGGAUGAUCGAGUGAUGUAUAUUGUGUUUCGCUCUGCCGGCGUCUUCUGGGCAAAUGGAUGCAUUGGACGCGGCCGAGGCUGCGCUACCAAUCUUUUUUCUUGUUACUUGUUUUCUUCUGGAUUUUUCUUUUCACCGGCCUUUGUGCCUGUUUUAGGGGGGUUAGAAUCUGGGGCCUGGGUCAGGCUGGGAAGAAUAGGUUGCGAUGGAUGCAAUGGGAUGGAGCUUGGGUAUGUCCUCUGGUUGGGGGCUAUAGUCGGGAAUUAAUGCAGUUCAUGUGCAUUCAUUAUGGUGUUUGAUGCCUCGUCGUAGGAUGAGUAGGUUUUUCCAUCCGUAAUAAGAUCAAUCGUAGGCCGA